GAGUUGUAGCCUUAAACACAAGGCCUUAAGCCUUCCCUGCCAAAGAGUGCUGGUGCCUCGCCAAACUACAACGCACAGGAUUCCCAUAGCAUUGCCUAUCAAGGCAGAACAUUCCACAAUAUCUGCUUUGAACUGGGUGAUCUGAGUCCACACUGGGUUGUUUUAUGUCUUUCGGGCUGUGUGACCAUGUUCCAGAAGUAUUCUCUCCUGACGUUUCGUCCACAUCUAUGGCAGGCAUCCUCAGAGGUUGUGAGAUAAGCCUGCACCAGGUUUGUUCGUCCUUUGCCACAGGCCCUAGGCAAGAUGUUGGGACUUUUUAUGAACUUCGCACUUAUGAUAUCAAGCCAGCCAAAACAAAGGAGUUUCUUGAAUUGGUCAGUAAAACCAUUCACAUCCGUAUGGUUCACUCGGAGAUGGUUGGAUUCUGGACAGCGGAGCUUGGGUCAAUGAAUAAGGCUUUUCAUAUUUGGAAAUAUGAUAACUUUGCUCACAGAGCAGCUGUGAGGAAAGCUUUAGUCAAUGAUAAAGAAUGGCAAGAAAAAUUGUCCAUGAUUCUUCCAUUCCUCCAUAAACAGCACAUGGAAAUCACUUAUUUGGUUCCCUGGUGUCAACUUGGGGUUCCCCCACAACCUGGGGUUUAUGAGUUGGUAACUUAUCAGCUAAAACCAGGAGGACCAGCUUUGUGGGGGAAAACUUUCAAAAGAGCACUUGAUGCGCACAGCAGUAGAGGCUAUGCUAAGCUUAUUGGUGUCUUCCACACAGAAUAUGGAUUACUUAAUACAGUUAAUGUGCUUUGGUGGUUUGAGAAUCCAGACAGCCGUGCCACUGGAAGGCAUAUUGCCCAUGAAGAUGCCAGGGUUGUAGCAGCUGUACGGGAAAAUGUUGAGUUUUUGACAUCUCAGCAAAACAUGCUUCUGAUUCCAACACCAUUUUCUCCUUUGAAGUAGUUUCUGGUCAGAGGAAGGAUGGCAGUUUGAUUCCCCCUUUGCAAAAAUUGCCUCAUAAGUGUUGUCUUAUAUUCAAUUGUAUCUAGAUCUUGAUUAUGGAAACACUAACUUGAGGUGCAUCUACACUAUUGGAUUAAUAUAGUUUGAAUGAUAUGGAAUCCUGGGAGUUUCAAUGUCUUUAUGUUCUCUCUCAAAGAGUGCUAGUGCCUCAUCAAACUACAAACCCCGGGAUUCCAUACCAUUGUGCCAUGGUAGUUGAACUGAUAUCAAAUUGUAUUACAGUAAUUCCACAGUGUAUAUACACCCCCAAGAAUUGAUUUUAUUUGUAUCUGUAACAAUCUAGAAUCAAAUGGUAUGAACAUUUAAAUCCAACUUUACACAGAAUCAACAUUCUUGCAUUUUUAGAGCCAAGAGAAGUCAAAAUAUACACAAUGGAUCUGAAUGAAUGAUUUUGUUACUAUUUUAUACUCACAUCUUUUGAAGACAGUUAGCUUUGCAGUGAAAUAUAGUAAUUCGCCAGAAUCCUGUUUGUGAUAUUUACCGGUGUGAAGUGUGCUAUUGCAAAAAGUAUGUGCAGAUGAUGGUGGUGAGAGCAGAGUUUCCUAUGUGAACCAUUGUUUUCUUUUUGUCUACAAUUUUAUAUGUAGUUACUGAUCAUAAUGUUUUCUUCUUCUCAUUUCAUCUUUUUAUUAAAUACAUUAUUCUUGGCAAAUA